GUCGGCUCUGCCGUGCGUCGUGGGGCGGGCCCCGGGGGGGGGGGGGGGGGUGGGAAGAUGGCGGAGGCUUCGCCACAGCCGGGCCGGUUCUUCUGCCACUGCUGCUCGGCCGAGAUCGCCCCUCGCCUCCCGGACUACAUUUGCCCUCGGUGUGAAUCUGGUUUCAUUGAAGAGCUCCCUGAAGAGCCAAGGAACACAGAGAAUGAGAGCAGCUCCUCCACGUCAGGCACUGACCAGAGCAGGCAUCCCUUUGAGAAUGUGGAUCAGCACUUAUUCACCUUGCCACAGGGCUACGGCCAGUUUGCCUUUGGGAUCUUUGAUGACAGCUUUGAGUUCGUGCAGUCAGAAGACAACCGGGACGCCGAGGGCCGGCGGGAGCGGGAGCACCAGUCCCGGCACCGCUACGGAGCCCGGCAGCCCCGAGCCCGCCUGGCCACACGUCGUGCUGCUGGCAGGCACGAGGGGGUUCCCACGCUAGAAGGAAUUAUCCAGCAGCUGGUCAAUGGAAUCAUUGCACCAACAACAAUACCCAACCUGGGGCUUGGUCCUUGGGGAGUCUUGCACUCAAAUCCCAUGGACUAUGCUUGGGGUGCCAACGGCUUGGAUGCAAUUAUCACACAGUUACUAAAUCAGUUUGAAAACACUGGACCGCCGCCAGCAGACAAAGAAAAGAUCCAGGCCCUCCCCACCAUCCAGAUCACACAGGAACACGUAGAUUCAGGGUUAGAGUGUCCCGUGUGUAAAGAGGACUACACAGUCGGGGAGAACGUCCGGCAGUUACCCUGCAAUCACCUGUUCCACAAUGGCUGCAUUGUCCCUUGGCUGGAGCAGCAUGACACGUGUCCCGUGUGCAGGAAAAGCUUAAGUGGACAAAACACUGCCACAAACCCCCCAGGACUCACAGGGAUGAACUUCUCAUCGUCCUCCUCAUCCUCUUCCUCCAGCUCACCAAGUAAUGAAAACUCAUCGAACAACUCAUGAAAUCUUAAUCCAACCCUCUCCCCCCUGGGGCCCUGUCCCUCAUCCUUCCUCCCUCCCCAGCCAACGUAAGCAACAAAAGAGGCUUCCAGAGCAGAGCGAGGGGGGGGUGGCAAGGGGGAGGCGGCCCCCCCCAGAAUUCCCUUUUGAGUUCUGAAGACACGGAGACUCUGGGUCCUGCAGAGAUGAGAAGCCUCAAGCUCUGUGCUGGGGAAAGAGCUCUGUCUGUCCGUAACCCCAUCCCUUGGCCGCGUGGACUCUUGACCGUUGCACUGAAGGUGCUGCGCCCCGCGCUGGGGACCCAAGGUGCUGAGCUAGUGGUUGGAAAGGUUGUUUGUAGGGUUUUGAAUUUUGAGAUUCCUUUUUCCUUUCCGUCUGUCUUUUCUUUUGCUCCUCCUCCUCCUCUUCCUCCCCUUGGAUACUGUCUCUUCUGCUUUGGAGAUUGAAGUCUUUAGGAUGAUCCUGCCUCCCUCCCAGGAUCUCCAGCUGGGGAGGGGCCAAUAGUUGUCAAAGAAAAAUGAACUCUUGGCAUAGACCCCAUUACCCUUCCCUUCCCCUCCUCGAGUCCCGUUUAGGUUUCUUUAUAACCCUGCCCUUCUGACACUCAACACUGAAAGGGUUUUUAUAAUUUUAAAUUAUUACUGCUGUUAAAUAAACGGACGUUUCAGCCCAGCAAGACAUCGUGCAUGAUUUGAGGAAAAUUCCAGGGUGAGCUCUGCAGAGGCUGCUGUGCUCAGCUGCUCCAUUUCACCCUGGAGCACACAGGGCUUGUCUCAGCCCCCCUGUGCUGGAGUACCAGGGUGCCAUGAGCUCUGGGCACCAGGUUCCACCAUGCCCAGCACCCUGCUUGCAGAUCAGCAGGUGGUGGCUGCAGGGUCACACCUGAAGGCAUCCUCGCCUGGUCUUCUGUAUGUUUUACACCUCCCUGUUGCAGUCCUGCCCAUCUCACAGCCCGAGUGGGCUGUUCCUCUGUGUCAACAUCAGAACUGGGCGUGCAUCAGAGGAAGGACCAGCCAAAUGCCAUUGUGAUCAAAUAAUAUCCAGGAAAAACAACAUUUUGGAGAAAAAUGUACUUCGAAGCUACUUAAAAUGCAGCUGAUUAAAAA